CGUUUUCACCAAUGGAUGGAGUUUAUUCCCCGGCGCGCACGGUGACUUCUUAAAAAACGCUCCUGCCGGACUGUGCAGGCCGAUGGAGCAGCGUGGAGGAGCAGGACGGGGAGCCGAGAGCCCCGGCCGCCGCGACGCCUCCAGCCCGGAGGAGAGGGCCGACAAAGGGGAGAGUCCGGCCUCCAGCGGCCCGCCGCACUGCAAGCUGGGCCGCCUGGAGGUGAACGGCAGCCCGGCCAACCCGCGGGUCCGACACAACGGCACGCCGCUGAGGCCGCUGGGAGGUCUGAUGAUCCCGGUCUACUGCGUGGUGGAGCACGCCGACGCCGGCCUGAGCGGCGACUGCGAGGGCCGGAGCGACCGCCACGCCGAGUUCGUGCUGGUUCGGAAGGACGUCCUGUUCACGCAGCUGGUGGAGACGGCGCUGGUGGCUCUGGGGUACUCACACAGCUCGGCGGUCCAGGCCCGAGGCAUCAUUAAAGUGGGCCGCUGGAAGCCGAUGCCCAUCCACUACCUGACGGACGCUCCGGAGGCGACGGUGGCCGACAUGCUGCUGGACGUUUACCACAUGGUGACGCUGAGGAUCCUCCUGCACAGCUUCGCCCGGCUGGAGGAGCUGCCGUCGGAGCAGUGGAGUCACGCCACCGUCAGGAACGCCCUCAAAGAGCUGCUCAGGGAGUCCAACCAGAGCGCGCUGGCCAAGGAGUGUCCGCUGUCGCAGAGCAUGAUCUCGGCCAUCGUGAACAGCUCCUACUACGCCAACGUGUCCACCUCCAAAUGCCAGGAGUUUGGACGCUGGUACAAGAGGUACAAACGCAGCAAAGGUGAAUACAUGGAGAAGAUGUGGUCGUCGCAGGAGAAGUCGGACAUAAAAGUGGAGCGGGAUUUGGACCUGAGCGUCCUCGGCCAUCGUCCUCCGUCCAUGCUGCCCUCUCCGACCCACCUGGGCCCCCUGGGCGGCCCCGGAGCUCUUCCCAUCAAGAGUGGUCUGGGGGAGGCCCAGCCCCCCACCCAGCCUCCCGGCCUGCCCCACCCCGCCGGCCAGAACCACCCCAGCCCUCCUCUGCGCCCCCAAGCUCCGGCCCUGCUGGGCCACGGCGGGCUCCUGUCGCCUCAGCUCGCCCCCCAGCUCGUACGCCAGCAGCUGGCCAUGGCCCACCUGAUCAACCAGCAGCUGGCCGUCAGCCGCCUGCUCGCCCACCAGCACCCGCAGGGCGUCAACCAGCAGUUCCUCAACCACCCGCCCAUCUCGCGCGCCUGUAAGAUCGGCGGCGGCGGCGCCACCGAGCCCGGCCUCAGCUGCUCCGGGGCCGAGGUCUCCUCCGACAUUUACCAGCAGGUCAGGAACGAGCUGAAGAGGGCCAGCGUGUCGCAGGCCGUGUUCGCCCGAGUGGCUUUCAACCGCACACAGGGCCUGCUGUCGGAGAUCCUGCGUAAGGAGGAGGACCCUCGCUCGGCCUCGCAGUCGCUGCUGGUCAACCUGAAGGCCAUGCAGAACUUCCUGAACCUGCCCGAGUCGGAGCGAGAUCGCAUCUACCAGGAGGAGCGCGAGAGGAGCACCAGCACCAACCACAACCACUCCGGCAACCACAUCUCCAGCCCCAACACCUACCGCCACGCCCAGACCAAAUGCAGCAUGCCUGGGCCUGAGCUGCAGCUGAAGCUCGACUCGCUGGUGAGCAUCACGUCAGGCAUCUACGAGGAGAUCCAGCAGGAGAUGAAGAGGGCCAAGGUGUCCCAGGCGCUGUUCGCCAAGGUGGCCGCCAACAAGAGUCAGGGUUGGCUCUGUGAGCUGCUCAGGUGGAAGGAGAGCCCGAGCCCCGAGAACCGAACGCUGUGGGAGAACCUGUGCACCAUCCGGAGGUUCCUGUCGCUGCCGCAGGCCGACCGGGACCAGGUCUACGAGGAGGAGUCGAGGCAGCAGCACAGCGAGCGGCUGCACACCGUCCUGCACAUCCCCGACCAGCAGAGCCUCCACAGACAGCCGCCGCCUCCUCUCACGGCGCCGUCUCCGGUCCACGAGGACCCCCAGCCCGUCCCGCUGCCCGUCCUGCAGGCCUCCGACGACGGACACCAGCACGUGAGCGCCGGCCUCGGAGGCGCCAAGAAGGCCCGGUCGCGGACGCGGAUUUCCCUGGAGGCCCUGGGAAUCCUGCAGAGCUUCAUCGGGGACGUGGGGCUCUACCCCGACCAGGAGGCCAUCCACACCCUGUCGGCCCAGCUGGACCUGCCCAAGCACACCAUCGUCAAGUUCUUCCAGAACCAGCGCUACAACGUCAAGCACCACAGCCAGGCCAGGGAGGCCGGCCCGGAGGACGACCGGGAGAGCUGCAGCCCCAGCGAGGCCGGUCCGACGGAGAGCCGAGGGGAGGAGGCCCUGUCUGCGUCCGAGGAGUCCAGCGAGGACGGGAGGAGGUCGGUGGAGGUGCUGAGAACGGAAGGAGAAGAAAUGGAGGUGGAGAAGGAGGAGGGGGAUGAUGGGAAAGCCUCGGGACCGGCGACGUCGUCUCUGUCGCCCUACAGCAGCGUGGACAGCCCUCACUCUGCAGAGCAGCAGAGAUAACAGCAGCAACGCGCCGUCAAACUGUGAAGACACACUUACAUUGUUGUUAGCAGAGCUGAAGCUCAGAGCUCUUUAAUAUCUGAGCAACUGUGGAGGAAUAUUUAUUUACCUGCAGUUAUUACCAGUGUUUUUGGUUGGAUGAUGCCUCCAGACAGUAUUUGGGACGAUAUUUCUAACAAAAAAAACUCAUUUCCUCUUUAGUCGUUUGUCUUUCCUCCGAGUUGCGUCUUCUCUAAAACACAGAAAUGGAAGUCUUGGGUUUCCACUCACCUCCAGAACCUGUUUGCCGCCCAGCUCAGAUUCUACAAGUGAAACAGCUUUCUUUGUUAUUUAUGUUCAAAAACAGAAGUGCCACGCGACAAACUGGUGCACAUGUACUGAACAAAAACAGAAACGCAGCAUCACUGAAGCUCUUAUUAAUGACGGAGUAGAGCAGAACUCAGAGCGUUAGCGACAUUAAUGACGGUGGAGUCUAGACUCUGCCUGAAUGACUCGGUGAAGUUGUCGGACCAGAGCCGAUGUUUGGGUCUGGACGGGAACGUUCUCAGCUGCUGCUACAGAUUCUUGUCUGGUUAAAAUGUCAAGUGAUGGCGGCGAAUAAACAGGAUUUCAUCUCUGCUGUUGGGCAUCGAGGUGCCGAGGUAGUCUUUGUUCAGCUCUACGUGUGACGUCCACGUAGCAGAGACGGCGUUUGCCAUCUGCUCUGAUUGGCUGAAAACGAGAACCAUCAAUCAGAAGGAGCGUCCUCCGCCUCGCUCGUGUCCGACAAACGUUCUGCUGUCAGGUCAAGGCCUUUCUAAAGCGGCUUCCUGUUCCCAGUUUGAGCAGAUAUUCAACACCAGUGUCGCCGUCAGAGGACACGCGGUGGAGUCGAGGACAUCCACGCUGAGAUUCCAGCAGCCAACAACCCGUUUUUUUUUUUGUUUUUUUUUAUAAAGUCGUUUGCCUUUUGUCUGUCUGAUCACCUGACGAGGUCGUUAGUUGUCACACGUUGAAGAAUCGAAAAACUGUUUGUGCACCGUUGGCACACUUUUCUCGCUAUAAAAAUUAGAUUCUCCGAGUCGGAAUAGAUCUCCACUCACCUGCUGCGUUUCUGUUCAGUGUCCUGAUUACAUGCAAGUUGUCACCCGAAGUCCUGCAAAGACAUUCAAGGUCAUAAAUUAAAAUAUAAAUAAAUACAUCCGAAUCCCGCCUCUCUUCCUGUAUGUCCUGACCUGAGCCACUGGUCCCAUCAAUAAAAGCCCAAGAUAAGUUUUUUUGUUUGUUUUGUUGACAGAUCGCAGCCAGAGAUGGAAACACAUCUUGCUCAGGUGGGAUGGAGUUAUUUUGGGACGAGGAUAAAAGACAGACAAAGAUCCUCACCUUUUAUGAUGAUGUCAGUUUAACGUUCAAAUAGAAAAAACGAUGUCUGUCUCCUUCCCAUGAUGCUUCAGGAGGUUCCUACGUUGACUUUGUCAGCCCCACACUCCCGUUGGUAUUUAUUAGUAGCUUUAUAUUUACUGAAGUCUAAAUAUCAUUGUUGUAAUUAUGAUUUUGUCAUUAUUUUCUUUGGUAUGAACACAGAAGUCUUUGUAAAUGUGACUGAAAAAGGACAAGGAGAGGAAGAAGAGUUUGAACUUUCAUUUGCAAAUUGUGCAGCAGAAGCGUUUUCGAGAAGACGUUUCUGUCCACGAUGAUGUCGAUGCUGACAGAAGUGAAGCUGUCAUCAGAUCCAGGAUGCAACCACUGUCACGUUACACUGUUUUGUGUCAUUUGCGCCACAAAGGACGGGUUUUGACACCGUCCUGGACGGAGCGCACCAAGCCUCUGAUUUGUUCCACGUCGAUGUUCUUUGAUUCUGUUGUUUGCAGGACGAUGAAAAUCUGAUAAAAGUUUUCCAAAGUA